GGUCGGGCGAGGGUGGUGCUGCCGGCCCGAGGCGUAUCGAGGUGCCCCGGCCGCCUUCCAUCGAGGAGUUCACCAUCGUGAAGCCCAUCAGCCGCGGUGCCUUCGGGAAGGUGUACCUGGGCCGUAAGGCGGGCCGGCUGUACGCCGUGAAGGUGAUGAAAAAAGCAGACAUGAUCAAUAAGAACAUGGUUCACCAGGUCCAGGCAGAGAGGGAUGCUUUGGCUCUCAGCAAAAGUCCUUUUAUUGUGCACUUAUACUACUCACUUCAGUCAGCCAAUAAUGUCUAUCUGGUGAUGGAGUACCUUAUUGGUGGUGAUGUCAAGUCUCUACUCCAUAUUUAUGGAUAUUUUGAUGAAGAAAUGGCUGUCAAGUAUAUUUCUGAGGCAGCACUGGCUCUUGACUAUCUUCACAGACAUGGGAUAAUCCACAGGGAUCUGAAGCCAGACAAUAUGCUCAUUUCUAAUCAGGGCCACAUAAAGCUGACAGAUUUUGGGCUUUCCAGAGUUACUCUGAAUAGAGAUAUAAACAUGAUAGAUAUCCUUACUACACCAUCGAUGGCAAAGCCAAAACAUGACUACUCACGUACUCCAGGACAACUGUUGUCUCUUAUCAGCUCUCUGGGUUUUUAUACUCCUGUUGGAAUGAAAAUGCCGAUCAAUCCCAAUUCAGGCGGAGCAUCUGACAGUCUGCAUGAAGUGAUUUCACCCUUACCUAUGAUUGAGAAGGAAAACACUCCUCUUUCAACUAAAUUAUUCAAAACAGGUCUGGAUACUUCUCCAUUAACUCCUGUUAUGCCCAUGAGGAGUUUAACUCCUGCUCUGCUUAAGUCAAGGGAAAGGUUUGGUACCUCCACUGCCAGUAGUCAGUCUCAUAUGUAUUUGUCCAGUAUGGAAUCAGAAUGCUGCAGCAGCCCCAGGUGGGAGAAGGAUGUAGAGCAAACUGAAGAUGAGAUAUGUUCUACUACGGGCACAAGUAACAGCAGGCCAGCUCUCUCUUCUAGUAGAGAAUUACUAAAUAGCAAAGAUCCUAAAGUUCUAAAGAAAAAAGAACUAGAAUCUGCUAUUUCUCCCAUCAGUAGCAAUGAUUCUGGUAGCAGGCAGAAGCUGGGAACCGAACGUUCUGAAAUAACAGAUACUCCAGUGACUACACUGGAUAUGAAAGGAGUAGUAAGAAAAUGCCUCUCAGAAAACAAGAUCUGGGAAGAAAAAGUCAUUGCAAAUAGAGAGAUGACCAGUGAGAUGUCAGAAACUGCCAGUUCCCAACAAUCACCUUUGUUCCUGAAAGGUUCUGUCAAGCCAAUCAAAGAAGAAGAAAGUUUUGAAAAGCCAGGUGUAAAAAGAAGCUUUGAACUUGUUGAUACGAGUCCUUGUCAGGAAUUUAACCAUGUUAAAAAAACAAAUGCAGAAUAUAAACGUGGUUGUCGGAUCUCAGAAUUUUCAGCAAGCAAAAGUACAGGUUUGACAACUGAAAUUCAAUCCUUAAUGCUUUGUGGUGAGACCUGUGAAAGCAAAGAAGUUAUGGGAUGUAUUGAUAGGCAACAAACAGAAAAAACAAUUGUUCCAGUUGUAGCCAAAAAUCUUUUGUGUGAUCUGGAUGCGGAUCAUGAAAAGGAUAAAAGAGAGUACAUGAACUCAAGUCUUUUGUGCGCUGAUGAUGAAAAACCUUUAGGAGCCCUGAGUGCAGAUUCUGACCUUUCAUUUCCUGAAAUGUCUGUUCCAGAAAGUCAUUUAGAAAAGCAGCUCCUAGAUUUGGAUAAAGGUGUUAAAGACCUCUCCUUUGAGGAACCUAAAGCAGAAGACUUGCUAACAGCAUCACCUGACUGCCAAGAUGCUUCACAAAAUGGAGGGGAAACAGAUGUUGUUCAGAACUGCAGGAUGCUAUGUUGUGAGCAGGAUAAUCAUCAAAAACACCCUGAAGAAACUUACCCUGACACCACAUCGUCUCCUUCUGAAAAGAUUAUGGGAACAGUUAAUCUCUUCAGAAAAAAUAAUGUUGUUUUUCGAAGUUACAAUAGUCCAAUUAAUAUAUCUAACGCAUCAGAUCCAUGUAGCAUGGCUUCUUUAGACAUAACGGAUCUUUCACCUGCUUGUAGUGGCUCCUACCCAACAGCUAUUACUCCACUGCAGAAAGGAAGACCAUACAGAGCCUUUCAGACACCUUGUCAGGGGGAUGCUGGCACACCAUACAGGACCCCAAAGAGUGUAAGAAGAGGAGCUGCCCCAGUGGAAGCUGAACGCAUCCUGGGGACUCCAGACUACUUGGCACCUGAGCUGCUUUUGACAAAGCCUCAUGGUUCUGCUGUGGACUGGUGGGCUCUUGGAGUUUGCCUGUUUGAGUUUCUAACAGGAAUUCCACCUUUUAAUGAUGAAACACCAGCACAAGUCUUCCAGAAUAUUUUGAAAAGAGAUAUUCCCUGGCCAGAGGGUGAAGAAAAGCUGUCUGACAGUGCCCAAAAUGCAAUAGAUAUUCUUCUAACCUUUGACAGUGCAAAGAGAGCUGGACUGAAGGAACUGAAGCAUCACCCCCUCUUUCAUGGUGUAGACUGGGAUAAUCUACAGAAUCAGCCUAUGCCUUUCAUACCACAGCCAGAUGAUGAAACUGAUACCUCUUACUUUGAAGCUAGGAAUAAUGCACAGCACCUGACUGUGUCUGGAUUUAGCCUAUAGCAUCAAGAUGAAAAACAUCAAGAUGUGUUUUUUGCACAGCUGCAGGUUGUUCUACAACACUAACACGCUCUGAAGAUUCCUUGCCAGAUUUAACAUGUUUUAAGUUCCCAGUCUGCUUUUAUUAUUGUAUCCUUUACUCUGAGGUGAGACUACUGUAUGAAAUUUAGCUGCAUUCAUGCUACUCUUAUUUCACGUACUGCACCUUACUGGAGCCAGUGUUGUAUUUCUUAAAGGAGGUGACACUUGCCAUGGCAAAAAAUAAAAAAUAAAAAAUAGGGCUUAGUAUCAAUGAGCAAAUUGAGCUAGCAGGUGGGAAGUUGUUUUAUAGUUAAACAUAAUAGGGAAAGGUGAAAGUCCAUGCUCGCUGCAUGUAGAGGUGGUUCAGUGUACUGACUGUCUUGUUUCGGAAUAAUCCUUUCUGACCACUGUGCAAAACUGAUGUUUUCAUUCACAGUGGAAAACAAAUCUUAAUGCAGCAUUAAAACAGUGCAAUGCUGUUCAUCUUAAGGUUUAAGACAGUGGUUUUCCAAAUUAUCUCUGCUGUGUAAGGCCCAUUAAUGUAGGAAAGACUGGCUGUAAUUCUUCUGGGAGACCAUUGGUGCAGGGAUGUAUACUGGGAUCAGUUGUGCUAGACAUGUAGUGUUUGAAUUGUUGCAUUGUAAGCACUCACACUGUGAGGAGACCAACCAGUGUGCCUGCAUCCCAGUGGUUACUGCUUCUAAAUAGAAAAUGCUGGGUGUCUGUGCUCAGCCGUGUCAGAUUUCAAUGGUAAAACUUUCAGUGGUAGAAAGUAAAAUACACCCGAGUGCUGGCUGAUGCAGGAGGUAUCAUUAGCACCGAAGCUGCUAUGUACUAAAGACUACAAUGUAUUGCAAAGAAACAGUUGUUUUGUAAAUUCACAGCCAGAUUUUAGAGUUUGGAAUUUGUUACAAAUGUGCAUUCAGUAUUAUGUGUUCUAAUUAUGGGGAAAGUAUAUUUAAAUGUAUUUUAAAACUGCAAUACAGCUUGCGUUUGCUAGAUCUUAAAGGUUUACUUGUGGGUAAUUGUUAAACUAUCUUUUUUAGUAUUUUUUUCUUGCAUAGCUGUGAUAUCCUCAGCCAACUUGCUGCAGAUUUUUAUUUUUCAGGUUUGUGCUUAGCUAGAUGUCACUUGUGCUAGACAGUGGCUCCAGCUAGUGGCCAUGUCCUGAAGCUGAGCACUUUGCUGAUGGGUCCUGUUAAGGGACUUCUGCAUUUCAUGUAGGGAACGAAGCUGUCCCUUCAUUGCCCUGCUCCCAUGCCCUAGGCAUGAGUCUUAGCAAUGCAGUUCUGAGAGAACACUUGGCUAGGCCUUGUGCUUUCCUUCCAGGUAGCUUGGGAAAGGUAUUGUAGGAGAAAGGAAGGUUCUGAAGGGACGGAAGGGCUGAUUCUUAUUAACUCAGAACAUUUGUCCCUGUUAGAGCUGGUACAUUUCAUGGUGGAAUAGAACCUUGGGAAGCUGCAAAACACACAGUGACCCUCACUCUGUGACCCUCACUCUGUUUGACACAGACUUCAGUUUCUGAAGACUUCUAAACUGUUGAUUCUUAUGGAAAGCAAUGUUACAUGAGCAAUGUGCAAGGAAUUAAAUGUGAAGUUAUUGAAUCCACUUCCAUAGACAACACUGAGUAUGAUCAGAGAUUCUUUACCAUACUAAUUUAAUAAAAAUGCAAAUUUUUACUCUGCGAACUUUGGAAAAUAGAAAUUAAAACAAAAAACACUCACUGUACAAUUCCUUUUUCUUUAUUUGCACUCUUGUUUAAGAGAACUGAUCUUACAGGAAUGAAUAUCAGUUUCAUGCUAAGAAAGCUAUUCUAUAAAAGUGUGUUCAGAAAUGAUGCAAAUAAAACACUGCAGCUGUUGUGUACAGUACCUUAUAAAUGGUUAUGAAGUGCUCCCUAUCAUGGGGGAGGGUGGAUAGUUACAGUGGCUGACAUCUUGAAGAUAAACAGCUUCUAACUCCUUGAAAUCAUUCUCAGUCAGCUGCCAGCGCCACAGGAGCUGCUAAGCUUUUCCAAACCAAUUGAAGGAGCUGUAGAACUACCCAAGGUUCAGCUGACUUUGAGGUAAUACAAAGCUUUUGCAAUUACAUAGAGUGAGAGAGGAUGGUGUGGGCAGCUGCCAGGCACAGAGUUGUAUUAACGUCCGAUGGUUCUUUUAAUGGGUUAUAUAAUGCAGCACAAAACCUACAGAUGCUGUAGAACCAUGAAUCUGCUGACAAACCAGUGUGUUUAAUGCAAACCAU